AUGGCAAAGAUAUUCCAGGCUUUCGAGGCUAGAGGAAUUAUGCGUAAUACUUGUGUGUACAGUCUGAGUUGUGCUAUUGACUUUUUCGUCUAUGGCGGAGCGUACGGCGGGGUAUGGUCAAUGCAAGACACUCAGUUUCUGUACGACUACGCGAUCGGAAGCCGGCCUCAGGGCGAUGCAGAGCUGGAGGCGAUCAGAAACCGUUUUCAAGAUGGAAAGAGAAGAGGCUGCUCGCAGCGCCGGGAUAUGUUGUAUGGGACGACCUCAAACCCAUUGUGCGCGUUCCGUUGCACCGAUGGCGUUUUCGCGAAUGGGCUUUACGACAGUCGAGGCGACGACACUACAGUUCUCAUUCUGUGUGCGCUGGUGGCGAUGCAUGACUUCACUGACCUUGGGUAUGACAUGGCAUCUGGAGAAAUAGGCGAUAUAGUGCCUUCCUUGUGCAAAGGAGACUUGAGACCCGAAUCAUUGAAGAGGGCUUAUGCUCGGCUCGGAGCCCUUUAUGACUUAGUCUAUGGAGAACCGCAAGUACGAACCGGAGAUUUUGAUUAUUCUGGCGACCUUCAUAUGGCAAAUGUCAAACGCUCGUCAUCGUGUUAUGGAAAUGCUGUUGCUGUCCCCGAAAACCUGAGGUUCAGAGUAGGGUGGAAGUUCAAGGGGACCCUCCCUGGGUAUAGCGACCUCAUGGAUGACUCAAGAUACACGCAGCAUACGCCCGAGCGAUUUGACAUUUCGAUUCCUUGGUCCGGAGAAGUGGUUUCAGGUGGCCAUGCUGUCUCCAGGGUCGUGGGGCUAACUACAAGACCCGAAGAGCAAGAGGCCCUCGAGAUGUUCUCGAUUAAAUAUCUAACUGAGGCGGAUCAGCCAGAUUUCCACGUAUACAACCCAGCCGCACUUAGAUUGAUGUGUGACGAUGAUUGCCAGCGCAAAAUCGACUUCACCUGGGCACUUUGUGUAGCCAUGUGGGAGGAGGGUAUUCUAUAG